AUGCCUAUCCCCCCAAUCCACCGCCGCCAUGACUCAACACAAACAACCUAUAACCCCGGCCCCUCGAUGCCCCCAAACCCAUACAAUCAAACCCAAACCUUCACCCAAACAACAAGCACACAACCCCAAAUCCCCUCCUCCACUCCCUCAAUGUCUCAAGCCAAGACCCGCCAAUAUGCCCAUUUACACGCCCAACUCACCCAGUUAAACGCUAACCUCGCUGACACGGAAAACUUGCUUCGUAUGACUGCUGUACAGGCGGGUGAUAUGCGUUUCCUGGGUGGGUAUAUGGGGGCUCUGUUUAUGGGCUCUGCUAAGGUUCUUGGGGAAGAGGGAGUUCGCGCGAAUGCCGAUUUGGAUUCUAGGGAUGCGGUUGUUAAGGAGGGCGGCGAGGAGGAGUGA